GGGAAACGAAGCUUGAUGGAUCAAAAACGGAUGGACCCAAAGCAGCAGGUUUGUAUGCUGCUCUGAUAUGCAGUCACGAGCCUCUCAGCUUGAGCAGGCCCGGCCCGUACCCAAGUCUCCAUGACCACUGGACUGGACCCAUACUGGAUGUGCCCAUUGCCAUGCCUACCCCCCCUUUUCCUGGGACACACCUCGCUGGGCCAAAUUCCGCAUGCACCACGGCACCACCCCACGUCCGCGCAUGUUCGACGGGGAAUUCGGAGCGUCUGUGCCCUCCUAUUCGUUUCCGCUGCCAGGGGCCGCCGUCCUCGCUUUUGCAAUUAAUUUGCGAGCAGGGGGCAUGCUCGUGCACGCAUCCCAAGACCUUUCCUCUCCUCCAUUCGAUUCUCCGCAGAGUUGCUUCUUUUCGGGCAAAAAGGAUUUCCUGCAUGUUCCCCUCCUCAACGAUCAUUGCCAACAGCCUCGUGCAGAGUCUGCAUGAUCCCAAUCAAUUACCGGACGGCUCAGUCGAAAAACCACUGCUUCCCUUGGUCCCGUGGCACCCCUUUGGUCCUCCCGCUUGCCGCGUUAUUAGUGGAGAAGUCAAAUCAACGCCGUUUCCUGCAACUCUUUGUUUGACACCUCUUCCACCGCAGAUCUAGACUUGACUAUUCUCUCCCUUGCGCUACCGCUCUUCGAUCGUCGACAAAGUUCCAAUUGACUGAGACAAGGCAGUUAUAGUUGGGUGUGCUGCAGCUCACCUGCAGUAGCGUGCUGAAAAGUCUUCGUACCAAGGCACCACCUGCAUUCAUCUUAUCCAAUGGCCUCCGUGGCAUAGCUAUCGUCAAACGGUCCU